CGGAUGAGCGGAUAUGACGCGUUACGCAAUAGUACGUUCUCACGUUCUGUCGACUGACAGCUGCCGCUUUCAUUCGCUCGUGAAGCAACAUUUCCACUUUUCCCUCCCUCAUGUUCACCAGAUGUAGGGAAUUUUCUGGAAAUCUUCUCCGUUUGAGCUAUUGCAUCUCCUUCAAAAACAGCAAAUUUCUCUGUAGUCCACAGCUUUCUGCUUCACAGAUUUGUUCUUUCCAUUUUUCAUCCUCGCAUUCGUUUUUCACUUCUCUUCUUGUACCAUAUUUGUCUUUUCAACACCCCCUUCCCUCAAGGUCUUGUUUUCCUGUACUCGGGUCUGAUAGAGAUAUUUGUUACCUUUCUGGUUUCACCCAUCCUGUUGGAAACAUGGAGUUACACAAAGUGCUCGAGGUUCUCGAACAGCUCGCUCCACUGUCAUUGGCUGAAUCGUGGGAUAACGUUGGCCUGUUGGUGGAGCCCACCAAUCCACGUCCAAUCAAAACUAUCCUGCUAACCAAUGACCUGACAGCAGCCGUCAUGGACGAAGCUGUAGCGAUGAAUUGUGACCUGAUUGUCUCAUACCACCCGCCACUCUUUCGACCUUUCAAACGACUGCUUCAGAAGGACUGGAAGCAGCGGUUGGCUGUCAGAGCGAUAGAGGGCGGCAUUGCCAUUUUCUCUCCUCACACUUCAUGGGACAGUGUUGAAGGAGGCGUUAAUGAUUGGUUAGUUGGAGGAAUGGGCAGCGGACAAGUGUCAGUAUUAAGUCAAGCCCACUCUUGCGGCCCACAGAAACACAGGCUUGAGUUCUCGUCCAUGAAUGAAGAAGAACUAAACAGCCUUUUGGAGCAACUAAGACACAUAGAAGGCAGUGAAACCUUUCAGUGCUCUACAAUAAGAAAUGAAAGUGGAGGGCAGCAGGUGAACCUAACCUGUGAUAGUUCAGCGCUAACUGCUGCUGUGCAGAUUCUGCUUUCAAAUCCACAUGCCAGCAAAUCCCUGAACAUCACACAAGUCCAGCAGCCUCCUUUGUUGGGUUGUGGUCAAGGACGACUCAGUGUUCUGGAUGAGCCAGUGUCUGUUUCUACAGCAGUUCAGAAAAUGAAGACUCACUUGGGUUUGCCCCAUUUGAGACUGGCCCUGGGGGACCAACAAACAUUAGACUCUAUAGUGAAGACGGUUGCAGUAUGUGCAGGGUCUGGAGCGUCUGUCAUACAGGGAGUAAAAGCAGACCUCUACAUCACUGGUGAGAUGUCCCAUCAUGAGGUUCUAGAUGCGGUUUCUAAAGGUACGAGUGUGAUUCUCAGCGAACAUAGCAACAGCGAGAGAGGCUUCCUGACUGUAUUCAGAGACAGACUGGCUGCACGACUGGGCGACACCGUUAACAUAGUGAUCUCUCAAAGAGACCGAGAUCCGCUACAGGUGAUUUGAUCUCAACCGAUCACACAGCCAGUUAGUCAUAUUGGACUGUAUAUAUGGAUAUCACAAAGAAUAUUCAUUGUCUGAACUUAAGGUUGUAAAUGCAAAUGUAACAUUGUUCUAUAAACAAGCAAAAUAAACAGACAUAUACUGAA